ACAUGAGUCUGUCUGAAGAAUUUUGGUACUUGAUUUUGGGAACAAUUGGCAUGAUUGGCAUCAUUCGAUUAACAGCUUUUUAUAUGAGAUUCGAGAGGAGUACAUGGCAAAUAUUGAACAUCUUUCAAAUUAUAAUUGGAAUGUCUACUGCCCGUGAACCGAAAAAAUUUGUGGAAAGAAUAGUUUUUGGCUCACUAUUGAUAACAUGCGUCGUCUACUCUGGUUAUUUUUAUUCAGUUAUUUUGGACAUCACUUGGCCAGUAAUAUCCGAAAUAAAUACUCUCGAAGAACUUGCUAAUUCAUCUUUAACACCGAUGGGCAUGCGCGAAGAUUUAGGUCCAUUAUAUACAUUAUGUAGGAAUAAUUUAAUUAUUGAAAAACUUUGUUUAAAAAUAGAUUAUCUAUAUACGAUACCUGUCUACUACAAUGAUUAUUGUAUGACAUACUUGACUGAACAUAAGAACAUAUCUUGUCUUUUAUCGAAUGCUGAGAAUGUUGUUAAUGAGUACAACUCUAAAAAUGAGGCAAAUAUUAAAAUACUGGACGAAAUUGUUUUUCAAGAUUUCAUUACCUACACUAAUUUGUUGAAUGUUCAUAAAGAUCUCCCUAAAAAAUUAAUUCGAUCUGCUUUUGAAUUUGGGCUACUUAAAGAACUUUUACCGUACAAAGUACGGGAAACCAAAAUUUUGCCACCAGAGGUAAUUGAGAAGGAAAAACUAUUCUUCGUACUAUUUCGUGUAUUAGCUAUUGGAUAUUCUCUCUCUUUGAUUUCUUUUCUGAUUGAAGUUUUCACUGCAAUAUUUGAACGCAGAAUGUAUACUCUUUACACGAGAUUUAGAUUUGCAAAUUAGAGAGACAUAUAUUCUGAAGCAAAAAUAAUAAUUCUUCAAUUGGGAUUAUUUCUAUAAAAUGCAAAUUCGUAGCAGAAAAUGAUUAAGAAAAAAUUAUUUUCUUGGGCCAAGAUGUCGAAAGUCGAAAGAAUUGAGAAGACGAAUUUUUAAGUACCCAUAUAUUUAAGUGGGUUUUAAUAUUUUGCAUGGAUGUGCUUUCUGAUAUUUAUUUUGUGACGUUAUUUGAAGAGAGGAUUUUUAAUUUUUGGUUCAAAACUAUAUAAUAGAAUGUUUAAAAAAUGAA